AUGAAUUCUGCCAAAUUCCCCAUCUCAGCUCUUCCGUUGGCCUCCAAAUCCCAGCUCCUCAUCCACGGCCUGACGGCAGACACAUACACUGCAACUCCAGAGGAGUUUCGCGCUAAGGUUCUUGUUGAAACACCUAGUUUGCAGAGGAGAGCAAGGCUCCUUCCCGCCCCUUGCCAUUUCUCUCAUGUUUCCCCGUUUCCUGUUCCUUUCCCCUACAACAUCGAGGCACCAGUUCCCGCGUCUGACGACAGCCAAGGGUCGUACAUCGAGAAAUGGCUGGCAGAAAGAGAAGCCACCCAUCCUCUGCCUCCAUCACCCAACCAUCCGAACGCGCCGUUGAGGAAGUAUUCGUCCAAGAAUCGCGAUCAACCUCUUGACCUCAUUGGCAUCUCCGAAACGGGCCUGAGAGACUGUGUACCCCAUCUCGACGUUGGAGAUGCGUUUGCUGUUCUCGGUGUACCGACUCUUUCCAAUGAACUUGGUGACGAAGGGGAUCCUUACCCGUCCGACAUUAAGGAAGUGGUGGAGGCACGUCAAGACCUGAUUGACGUUCUCAGCGGUCAAUUUAUGCUUAUGUCCCCACCCAAGGAGGAGGUGUCCGAUGCAGUGCCAUUUGCACCAUACUCCCUUCGUUACAGUGGACACCAGUUCGGUUCCUGGGCAGGUCAAUUGGGGGAUGGUCGAGCAAUCACCAUUCACGUUACUCCUCUUCCAAGUAACCCUGAUCUCACUUACGAGUUGCAACUCAAGGGCUCAGGCCGCACUCCGUUCUCUCGUUCUGCGGAUGGUUUAGCGGUCCUCAGGUCUUCCAUUCGAGAAUACCUCUGUUCUGAAGCUAUGGAAGCCCUCAAGAUACCCACCACCCGCUCCCUGACCCUUGUCUCCCUUCCAGCCCUACCCGUCGCUCGCGAGCGCGAAGAGACUGCCUGCGUCCUCACUCGCAUGGCUCCCUCCUUCAUCCGCAUCGGGUGUUUUGAGGCGUUCAAUGGGCCCACAAACAUGUUCUUCUUCGGAGGCGGGCAGCAGAAACCCGACCUCGAAGGCCUGCGGGUGUUGGGAGAGUGGGUUGCAGGUAAUGUGUUAAAGCUGGGUAUUGAGGACGGAAAGGCUUGGGGCGGGGAGAUGGUGCUUGAUGUUGCGAGGAGGAACGCGAAGAUGGUUGCGGGGUGGCAGGCAUAUGGGUUUAUGCAUGGUGUUAUCAACACGGACAAUGUUUCUGUCCUCGGCCUGACCAUUGACUAUGGACCAUAUGCCUUUAUGGAUGUUUUCGACCCUCAUCAUAUCUGUAACCAUACAGACGAAAGUGGUCGAUAUGCUUACAUGUUCCAGCCCAACAUGAUUAUAUACGCCGUUCGUGCCCUGCUCAACUCCCUCGCACCUCUCAUUGGCGCCGAGGCCGAACUAGAAGGUCGGGCUGUCUCCGCUGGAUGGGCAACUGACGCACCAGCAAAGAAGCUUGAUGCAUGGACGAGGAAAGGUCAGGAACUACGAGAUGAGAUGGAGAGGAUCACACAGGAGACGGCGGCUGUCGAAUAUGGGCGACUUAUGCGCAAGCGCCUUGGCCUGAGACGCCAGGACAACACAGAUGAAUCGACGCUCUUCAAGCCCCUGCUCACGAUAAUGGAACAGCACCGCCUCGACUUCCACUCGACGUUCCGUACCUUAUGCUCCUUCAAGCCAUCCAUCCUCUCUCAACUAGACCAAGCUCCUCCACCAGACAAGGACAAGGACAUAUCACCCGAGCUGCAUGCCUUCAUCGCGACACUCCUCGUCGCCACCCCGGAUCCCGAUAAAGUCGCCUAUGGAGAGGCUACAGCAAACUGGCUUGGGUGGCUGGAGAAGUAUUCCAAGCGUAUUCUAGACGAGAAAGAUAACUGGAAUGGCAUUGAGGACGUUGAUGCUGAGAGGGAAGGAGAGAUGAAAGGCGCGAACCCGAGGUUCGUGCUCAGACAGUGGGUGCUCGAGGAGGUGAUCGGGAAGGUCGAGAGAGACUCGAACAGCGGGAAGCGGGUGCUUGCAAAGGUUAUGCAUAUGGCAUCCAACCCAUUUGAACCGUGGGGUGCAGAAGGAGACGAACGACACGAAUCUGAACUGGAGAAGGAAGAAAAGGAAGAGAGAAGGUACUGUGGCCUUGGCGAGAAGAAGAUGCUUGGGUUCCAGUGCAGUUGCUCGAGCUAG